AUGGCAGCGGAGGGCGUAGCGAUGGAGCUGGAGGGGCAGUGGCGAGAUCUGGACCGUCUGUUGCUGCGACCAGGGAUGCUCGUCGGGCCUGGAUUCGAACCCUCGCCGGAGGUAUGCCAUCCGCGACUUUCUAAAGGAGGACUGCCGCUUGCUGGUGGUGGGGGCAGGCGGGCUGGGCUGCGAGCUGCUCAAACACCUGCUGUGAUUUACCCCCUUCUCCUUUCCACUCCUUUCCACCCCUUCCGAACUCUCCCCCUGCCCCAUGCCAACCAGAUCCGCGACUUUCUCAAGAAUGACUGCUGCGUGCUGGUGGUGGGGGCAGGCGGGCUGGGCUGCGAGCUGCUAAAGGACCUGAUUCGCGAGUUCCUAAAGGAGGACUGCCGCGUGCUGGUGGUGGGGGCGGGCGGGUUGGGGUGUGAGCUGCUAAAGGGCCUGAUCCGCGACUUUCUCAAGGACGACUGCCGCGUGCUGGUGGUGGGGGCAGGCGGGCUGGGCUGCGAGCUGCUCAAGGACCUGGUGCUGUCGGGGUUUGGCAGCAUAGACGUGAUUGACAUGGACACGAUUGAUGUUUCGAAUCUCAACAGACAGUUCUUGUUUCGCCCGGCUGACGUGGGCAAGCCCAAGGCCGUGGUGGCAGCAGAGCGAGUCAUGAGCCGCGUGGGCGGGGUGCAGGUGACCCCCCACUUCUGUCGCAUAGAGGACAAGCCCGCCUCCUUCUUCAGCGAGUUCAACAUCAUCGUGUUGGGCCUCGACUCGCUGGAGGCGCGCUCCUACAUCAACAGCCUCGUGUGCGGCUUCCUAGAGUACUCUCCUGAAGGCGAGCUGGACUUGACCUCUAUCCGCCCCAUGGUGGACGGCGGGACGGAGGGCUUUAAGGGGCACGCAAGGGUGAUCAUCCCGGGGGUGACGCCGUGCUUCCACUGCACGCUGUGGCUCUUCCCCCCCCAGACCAAGUUCCCCCUCUGCACGCUCGCUGAGACUCCCCGCUCGCCCGCACACUGCAUUGAAUACGCGCACCUCAUCCAGUGGGGCGAGGAGCGGCCAGGAGAGUCCUUCGAUGCGGACAACUUGGAGCACAUACAGUGGAUCUACCACAAGGCUCUCAUUCGUGCCCAGCAGCACAGCAUCACAGGCGUCACUCUCUCCCUCACGCAGGGAGUGGUGAAGAACAUUAUCCCCGCUAUAGCAUCAACCAAUGCCAUCAUAUCAGCAGUGUGCGCGCUGGAGACUCUCAAGAUCGCUACAAUGUGCUCCGCAGGGAUGAACAACUACGUGAUGUAUGUGGGCACGCAGGGCGUCUACUCACACACUGUGGCAUAUGAGAGGGACCCGGAGUGCCUCGUGUGCAGUGCUGGCGUGCCUGUGACCGUGCCUUCCACAGCCACUCUGCAGCAGUUUAUCGACCAGCUAUUGGCCGACUCUCGUUUUGCCACCCGCUUGCAAGCACCGUCCGUCUCUUUCUAUGGAUCCAACCUCUACCUCCGUGCCCCUGCGGUGCUCGAAGAGGCAACUCGGCCGAAUCUUUCCAAGCCACUGAAAGAGCUCAUGGAUGGAGUGGGCUGUGUGAAUGGGGAGGAGGGCGGAGAGAAAAAGGGUGUUUCGGCUGGAGGGGUGUUGAAUGUGAACGAUAAGAAGCUAGCAGGUGUGCUUAGAGUGAGGGUCUCUUUCAAUGACGAACUGUGA